AUGAACGCCGCGGUGGUGAAGCGGACGCAGGAGGCCCUGGGGAAGGUGAUCCGGAGGCCGCCGCUGACGGAGAAGCUGCUGAGCAAGCCCCCGUUCCGCUACCUGCACGACAUCAUCACGGAGGUGAUUAGGAUGACCGGUUUCAUGAAGGGUCUCUACACAGACGCCGAGCUGAAGUCCGAUAACGUUAAGGAUAAAGAUGCAAAAAUUAGCUUCCUUCAGAAGGCCAUAGACGUGGUGGUGAUGGUUUCAGGAGAGCCACUGUCCGCAAAACCAGCGCGGAUCGUGGCCGGGCACGAGCCUGAAAGAACAAACGAGCUGCUCCAGAGAAUUGGAAAAUGCUGUCUCAGCAAGCUCUCCAGCGACGAGGCGGUGAAGAGAGUGUUGGCUGGAGAGAAGGGGGUCCUGAAGGGAAGGACCUCACUGACGUCAAAAGCUCAGGAAUUGGACAAUAAGAAUGCACGAGAAGAAGAGCCCAGAGUUCAUAAAGAUAAAGAGGAUAAAAGGAACUCUGAAAUAAACGAGAGAAGUACAAGCAGAGAUCGAAAACAGAAAGAAGAAGUGAAGGAAGAAAGCAAAGCAAGAGAGAAGGACAAGGAGAAGGAGAAGACGAAGGAGACCGACCGUGAUAGACAUAAAGAUCCUGAGCGAGACAAGCACCGAGAGGGGGAGAGAGAACGAGUCAGAAACCGGGCCAAGCAGGACAGAGACCGAGGCAACAGGGACCGUGACAAAGACCUGGACCGCGCAAGAGAGAAAAGGAACGAGGGAGGAAAGGAGAAAGAGAGGUGGAAAGACCGGGAGAGGGAGCGCGAGCAGGACAAGGCCCGGGACAGGGACAGGCGGAGGGUGAAGGACGGGGAGCACUCCAGAGACCCCGACAGGGAGAAGACCAGAGAGCACGACAAACCCGACAAAAAGUCCUCAAGCUCAGGGGAGGUGUCUAAAAAGCUGCCAGAUGGAUCUUUGAAAGAUUCCAAAGCUGAAACAGAGACUGAGAUUUCCACUAGAGCAUCCAGGUCGGUGACAACAAAAGCAUCAAAACGGCGAUCCGAAAAUUCCAUGGAAGGGAUGCUGGAGAGCUCAGCAAGGAAAUUACCCACUGCUUUCUCAGACACGAACCAUUUCUUCCCUGCCCCCUCGGAAUGCCCGCUGUGUGAUGAGCCUCGUUCUCUUUACAGUCGUUUGACGGUCCGGGUUCUCCUGGAACCCUGUGCCUCCAUGUGUCUUCACCUUGCUUGGGUCCCGUCACUCAUGUCUGUUUUAUCGUGUAAAGUUUUUUAUUACGAAAAAUGCAGAGAAGUAGGAAGAGUGAUGAGCACCCUUCGACCUCUCACACAGAUUCAGUGGUUCUAAUGUCUCGUCAUAUGUGCUUCAUCUAGAGCCAUGUAUUUUUAUGAAUGAUUUCAAAGUGUAUCAAAACACCCUAACACUUUAAAUACUUCAGCCUGCAGCUCAAAAAACAAAAAAGACCUGCUCAGACACAGCCACAACAUUAUUGUUGUCUCUAGCAGGAUGACUGUUCCCCAAUAGUACCGAAAUCUUAGUGACUCAAAAGUGUUAUUUUUCAAAAAAAAAAAACAGGAUUCCAUUAAGAUGAACACACUGUAUAUUUUUUAUUCUAUUUGUCUUUUUAAAUGACUCGAAUCUCAACAGCCCCCCCACCCUCUGUGCGCCCCCACCUUGCCCUUUUAGUCUCGCACACUGGCUUUGGAAGAGAUGAGGUUGCUUGUCUUGUAGAAUGUUCCACUCUCUGGACACGUCCAUUUCCUUGUGAUGUCGCUUCACUUAUGACAUUGCUCUCCCCCCCCGCUUCUCCCCAUGUUUCUGUUUGAUCUAAAGUCCUCAUUAGAUUUGGGUUGGAACAUCUGGCUUCGCUCUGACCCCUACAUAGGCAACACUGUGCCUUUAUCUUGUGUCCUAUCUGGAUACACUAGUGUUUCUGCGUCCCAUAACAGGGUGCUGGGACUGAUCGCUGGGCCAGGUGGAGCCCCUCACUUUAAGGCCUGGUUAUUUGUUCGCAUUUACACUUGGAUGUAGUUAGCAGCUCUGUGCUGCUAAAAUUUGCACAGCUCACGGGCACAGUGGGAAGCUGCUUGGGGCUGUGUUGUGGGCUGUACCUGGUGAGUCUCAGGGAUGGUAACUGACAGAUGGGCGCUUGGCCAGGCACAGCGCUCCCUGCUUUGUGAAGCACAGGAUCUCUUUACGAGAGCACCGUAAGCUGGGGCAAACUGGCUCGGAAGAGGCGAGGAGCCUGCUCAAGGUGCAGCCUUGGGGCACUGGAACUUAGGAAAUCAGGACGCCAAGGCCCACAUCCUUACCUGCCAGGUUCAUUCAUUACUGAUAAUUCAGACAACAGAUUUUUUUGCCAGUUCAUAAUAAUUUUUAUAUUUUAUGGGUGUAUUAUUUAUUUUCUUUAAAGCUGUUAUUUGGCAGACUGGUUAGUCUGUCCUCUAUGAUUAAGAAUUGAUUGUAUAUUAUUAAAGUUAUUAUUAUAGUAUGUAUUAUUACUAGUAUUAUUGGUUGUAGCUUGUUUUUCUGUUGUGUUUGUGUAUCAGAGUUUUAGUAAAGUUUAAAAAUAUUAGGAAAGAUGUUACAACAACCAUCAUAGGCCUCUCAAAAAAAAAAAAAAAGAAUGCCACUAGACAUUUGAAGAGAGGAAAUGGGGCAGAGUGUCAUCAGUCCCCUCCAGCUCUGGACAGAAGUUGUUGCAUUUGGAAGUUACUUAUUGCGCUGGUAGGUUUUGAACAGUGUAGGAAAAUUUUGACAUUUUCAAAUAAAAUGUAACAAUCUGAAA